AUGUUAUAAAGAAUUAAAAUUGUUAGAUCCCUCAAUCAGAAAUUGAGAUAUCGCUACGAAUAGCUCUCCGCAGAGCUCUACUUCUUGAAUUAAAGAGAUUGCUAUGGGGCCAAAACACCCAAAUCAGUCAAACUCAAACCAUUGAAAGCAGCCAAUCAAGGAUAUCUGGCCAACAAUCACGAAAGUUCAGACACUUGCUAUGUCACUGGAGUGCCCUAUGGUUAAACCAAAGACAAAUUCCAGAAUUACGAUCUCUUCAACAGUCUUAACACUCAAAUGCAUCCAGAUCUAAUCGUAUUGCAAUUGGACCCCUCCCCUUAUCUAGCAAGGCAGAGAUUCCUCGCUCACAAAUGUGCACUCCAAAAUGUCGAGGGCUACGAAAUGUACGACACCCCCUUGAUUGAUCCCCUCAAACCACAUGCUUGGGAAGAAGCAGUAGUCAAUCUAGUCGUCUUAGAUAUGCUCAAUGCCAACAAAAAUAUGGAAGAAAUUGAUUGGUCCAAAGGACUCAGCACCUACUCCUAUGCCAACAUUCAAUCCAAAGAAAUACAAGAAGCCAAUAAAAAUCUAUUCAUAUAAACUAUCGACGAACACAUUAUCAACCAUAGAUAUUCAGAAUAUUAUCUCAUUAAUCGUGUCCUCUACACAGCCCUUAUGGGUAAACACAAAGUUCUGUUGGCUGACAUGCCUGAUCACUUGCAUAAACUAAAUUUAGGUGGCACUCUUGAAAUCCAAGAGGCCAGAGAUCUCUUCAAAUACACACUACAAAAGACCAAAUAGAUGAAUGAUAUUCCUAUCACUCUCAGAAAAGCCGCGUACGAUUUCUUGCCACAUGUCUUUUAAACACCUAAGGAUCUGUAUAUGACUGCAAUGUUGAAGAGUGCUUUCGAAGGAUGCGAAACUAUAAAUGCCUAUGUGGGGAUACCACACCUAGUACCCAUCAACAAUUAUUGGGUUGAAGCUCCUCAUGGUAUCAACUAUACUGAAGCCACUCGAAUUCCCCCCAGAAGAACAGGAGAAACUGAUGAAAAUUAAAUUGAAAAAAUGGCACUUUUAGAUGUCCUGCUCGAAACCCACACUUGGGCAGAACCCUACUUGAGCAAUCCCUUCCCCUACAUUGUCGAGGAUCUUACACAAGCCACAGCUGGAGAUUUGAAGGCAAUGAAAGAAUGCUUCUUACAAUAUUACUAAAAGUACAGUGCAUAUAAAAAUGAAUUGCAAAAAGAAUUGCCAAAUCUAAGAAAUCAUGAUAUUAAAUUCAUUGAACAAACUAGACAAGCCGUUCCUGAUAUGAAAUAUGAAAAGUCUAUCGAGAUCAAAGCUCUAACAAACAAGCAAUUAUAAUAAAGAAAUGUAGAAAUAGUAUAAUGA